AAUUGCUACUUCAAUUUUUCAAUCUUCCAAUCCAAUCUACUUUCAAUCUUCCACAAUCUUAAAAUUCUUGUUAUUCUUCAAAUUUUCUAAAGUUUUUAAAAGCAUUUUCUUUAUAAGAUAUGGAUCCAUCAAAUUUAUACGUACAUCCUGGUCCAGUAGAGCAUGAUGUAUUAAAAAUUCAAGUUCAUCAUCGUUCCGAAGGAAUUUGGAAUGGUAGCAUAAAAGAAGAGAGAUGUUGCUUAUAUACGCGUCGUGGUGAUAUUGAAUUUUGGCAACAUUUAAAAUAUCAUCCAUUACAUUCUCGCAUCCUUCAAUAUUUUGAAAAUUGUAGAUUUAAAGGAAUUCUUGAUGUUGGAUGUGUGCCGUAUGACUCCGGAUUAAUUUCUGCUUUAAUUGAAAGGUGGCGUCCGGAAACUCAUACUUUUCACAUGCGAACUGGCGAGGCUACCAUAACUUUACAAGAUAUUGAAAUUUUAUUCGGAAUGGUAGUAGAUGGUAGUCCUAUAAUUUUAAAUGGAGUUGAUUCUUUAGGGAUUAUAGGUAGACAAGAAAUGAUUUUUCAAUUAACAGGAUGGUUACCCGAUAGUAGUUGUUUUUCUGGUGUUAGUAGAUUGUCAACAUAUAAAUUGAUUGAGUAUAUCGAAGGUUUGGAAGUUAUUAAUGAUAACUCAACUGAGCAUGAAGUUCAACAAAGAUUUAGAUUAUAUUUAUUAUGGUUAUGUGGUGGAUCAAUAUUUCCGGAUAAAUCUAAUAAUAAGAUUAAUUUGGACAUUUUGAUUGACAUGAGAAAUUUAGAUUUAAUGUCAACUCAAGCAUGGGGAUCGGCCGCAUUAUCAUAUUUGUAUAAUUGUUUAUGCCGUGCGUCAAUGAAAAAAUCAAAUGAAGUUUGUGGAUUUCUCUCUUUAGUGCAGAUUUGGGCAUGGGAAAGAAUUAUUCCCCUGCAACCAUUGCCAAAGCCUCUAAGAACCAAUCAAUUUGAUGCUUUAACUGCGCUUGCACGUAAAUGGACGCGACGUAGAAAUCAUCAAAAUGAGGCACGAACUGUAAUCGGUGUGAUUAGGGAUGUACUUGAUAAUCUAACUGAUGAACAGUUUAUUUGGCAGCCUUAUUCGGAAGAUGUUAUUAAUGGAUUGCCUGAGUGGUGUCGGUCAGGACAACGUGUCUGGAUGGCACAGGUGCCACUGAUUUAUGGAAUUUAUCGUGAGUGGCACAUGGUUGAUCGUGUUGUGAGACAGUUCGGUUAUUUACAACAUAUUCCUGGACCGUGUACCCAAUUUUCCGAAUAUCAUUUUAAGCGUGAUAAACGAUCAAAAAUAAAACAACAAGAUAUAGAUGCAUUUAAUUAUACACAAUAUUUAUGGGAACAACGUCAAAAUCGUAUAUUUCGACCUCCAUUUGUAAGUGAUCAAACAGAUUACUUCCGUUGGUACAAGAGGCAUACCCGCAUGGUCAUUGGAAAUCCACACCAUGUUGUACAAAAAGGGUAUCAACACAUGGCAGGAAGACAUGAGGCAUUAGCUAGGGGUCAUGAAAUGCAGUAUCGUCGAGCUCGGAUGAUUGAAAAUGAUGAAAGUCAAUCUAAUGAAAUGAGACAAUAUGCAGCGGAAGUCGCUCGUAUUUCAAUGGAGUCAAUGAAUGCGGCCUUUCAGGGAACGCGAUUGAGCUUUGAUCAUGAUUACAAUCCUCCCACUCAAUACGAUGAACCACCACCAGUACAAGUAUCUCGCCGAUCACGACAAACAACACCGAGAGAGGGUGCUCGUCGAGGUAGAAGGACCACUAGUGAAACAGCUGAUUUUUCUGCAGGGCCCUCUAACACUAAUGUGGCGACUCCCGAGCCUUAUUAUCCCACAUUUGAUUUUUCUGUAGGGCCCUCUAACACUAAUCCGAAUUUUUCUAGUCAGCAAACAGUUGGUUUUGUAACUCCGCAGGUUCCAAUAUCUGGGUUUGCACAAUUUAGUGGUUCUCAAUAUGGUUUUCAACAUGGUAUGCGUGAAUUUCCGAUACAUAAUUCUCCAUUUGGUGGAAGAUUGAAUUUUUCGAAUGUAACUGCGUUUGAUGAUUCAAGAUUUAAUGCUGCGGCUUCACAAAAUUUGUUUCUUAAUAGACAAAAUCCACCUAGGAGAACAUCUAGGCUACACAAAUCAACUAGAUGUGGAACAGGCAGUCACUAUCAAAAUGAGGAAGAUUUUGAAAAUGAAGAUGAAAAUGAAGAUGAGAAUGAAGAUGUAGAAGAUUCGGAUUCAGAAGAAUAAUUUUUUUUAUGCACCUUUAUUCUAAAAGGCUGAAGAUUCGAAUUUUGAAAUAUGUAAAUUUUGUUGUUUCGUGCAAGUUUGAACAAAGUAAUGAGAUUCUUUUA